AUGGCGCCGCCCCAGCUCCCGGCGCUGCUGCUGCUGCUCGGAGCCGGAAUUCCGGCAAUUCCGGGAAUUUUGGGAAAUCCGGGAAUUCCGGGAGUUCCGGGAGUUCCGGGGAUGGCGGCGGCGCCGGCCCCGGGCAGGAACCACGGGGAGAUCCCAGCUCCCUCCCGGCGCCUCCCUCGCUCCGUGGCCGCCUCCCCGUGGCUCCGCUGGGCUCCGUUCCGCGGCUCCGUCCCCGCCGACGCCGUGUCCAGCCCGGACCCCGCGUCGGGCCGCGCCGCCUUCGUGUGCUCCACGCGCGCCCACGGCUGCAACCUCGGCUCCUUCGAGCCCGCCCGCGGCCCCUUCUGCCUACCCCCUGGCACGAGCAGGAGCUGGCGCAGCGCCGACUUCCGGCUGCUCCUCAACCCCGGCGGCUUCGAGGCGCUCGACUGGGUGGACGACUCCUUCGGGGGGACGCCGCCCGGCGCCGUCGAGGGCUGCCCGCUGACCGACGUGUUCGUGGGCCGCGGCCCCGAGGGGCUGGGCAAGGUGUCCAAGGAGCAGCAGGCGCUCUUCGUGCCCGUGCGGGGCGAGGAGGUUUGGUACAAGUGGUACCAGGUGCUGGCGGUGCGCCAGGGCGCCGCCGGCGUCUCCAUCGCCGACGUGUCCUACGACGGCGGCGCGGCGCUGGAGAGCGCCGAGGACGCGGAGCUGGCCGAGGUGCUGGCCAGGAACGAAGGGUGCGAGGCGGUGUCCAAGGAGGUGGCCGUGGAGGAGGCCACCGAGGUUGAGCGGGGCUGGAGCGCCGCGCUGCCGGCGCUGGCGGCCGCCCGCGGGGUUCUCCGCGCGCCCCCCAUCGUCCUGACCGACCCGCGCGGGUGGGAUCUGGGCAACGUCACCGCCGUGCCGUGGGUCGGCGGAGCCGCCGUCACCGAGUUCGUGUCGCGGGUGCACCGCGCGCGGCCGGAGAUCCCGGCGCGCUCCGAGUGCUCCGUGCUGCUCCGGGGGCUCCGGAGGAGGAUCCGGGUCCCGUUCGGGGCGCGGCUGACGCGCGAGUUCCGCUCGGGGCCCCCGCACCGUGUGGACGUGGCGGGGACGGCGUGGAGCGGCGGCGUCACCGGCGUCCGCGUGGAGCUGGGCAGGUGCCGGAGCAUCGCCGGGCUGCCGCCGUGCCCCGGCGGGGGGUGA